CCCCUCAGAGCUUUCCACAUGGAGGGACCCCGGAAGGCCUGAUGAGAUCACUUGACCCCCAAGUCUCCUUUGGAAAGCUUUGGAGGUCCAGCGGCUUCCGGCUCCUAAGAGACAGCGUCACCGAGGCUCAGGCCUCCGAGGACUUACCCAAGGCCAUCCUGCCGGCGAGAGGCAAAGCUGGGAUCUGGCCGCAGCUUGUCUAAAGUGGAAACGUGCUUUGGGCAAUGUCCGGUCUCCAUCCGCAGCCCGGAGAGGUGCCUUCCACAGGUGGCCCGCCCUCUGCCCACUGCCCCAGUUGUGACAGCUGCUUCUGCAGGACCUGAAGCCGGGGCUCCGGGAGAUACCAGCCAUGGGCACCCCCCAGCCUCAGUCUUUGGGGGUAGCACCUUAGGACACCAUCCAGAGGGAACUGAGGCGUCGGGCUCUGGGCCCCGUGGGCAUGGACCAGCCGCUGUGAGCAGCCCGCUCAGAUGCCAGGCACCCAGGGGGCCGGAGGGGCCCCGACCAUGAGCCUUGGCAAGCUCUCUCCCGUGGGCUGGGUGUCCAGCUCACAGGGGAAGAGGCGGCUGACAGCCGACAUGAUCAGCCCCCCACUUGGGGAUUUCCGCCACACCAUGCACGUGGGCCGAGGUGGGGACGUCUUUGGGGACACCUCCUUCCUUAGCAACCAUGGUGGCAGCUCCGGGAGAACCCACCGCUCCCCCCGGAGCUUCCUGGCCAGGAAACUGCAGCAGGUGCGGAGGGUGGGGGCUCUGCCCCGGCGGAUGGCCUCUCCACCGGGGCCCUCCCCGGCCCCACCCGCCAUCUCCCCCAUCAUCAAGAACGCCAUCUCCCUGCCGCAGCUCAACCAGGCAGCCUACGACAGCCUCCUGGUGGGCAAGCUCAGCUUUGACAGCAGCCCGGCCUGCUCCACAGGCGGCAGCUCCAGCUACGGCCUGGACUCAGGGUUCUGUACCAUCGCCCGCCUGCCUCGCCAGGAGAAGACCCGGGACCGGGACCGGGACCAGGACCGGGAAAGCUCCCUCCCCACCGAGCCCCAGCUCCGCCGCUCAGACUCCCUUCUGUCCUUCCGCCUGGACCUGGACCUCGGGCCCUCCCUCCUCAGCGAGUUCCUGGGGGUCAUGAGCUUCUCAGACGACCCUGCAGCUGAGACCCCCGCCCCCGUUCCCACCUCGAACCCCAUAGCCCCUGCCAUGAGCCCCCGGCCCCCCCGUGGACACUGCCCUAACGGGGUGACCGCUGGGUCCAGCACAGGGACUGGGGCGGGGCCCAACUCAGCGCUCGAGGGUCCCCGUGCACUUUCAGGCUCGGCCCCUGGCCGGCGUUGGGGAGCAGGCUGUGGGGACAGCCACCCGCACAUGGAGGAGGGUGUCCAGCGGGAGCUGGUGGAGGUGCUGCCCAAAGCCGAGGCCUCCUGGGAGGGCCAGGAUGGCCAGCGAGGAACCUCCCGUGGCAGGGGCCCCGUACCCAGCACCGUCUUAACUGAUACCUUUGUGCUGAGUGAUAGAGAGGAAGAUGAUGAGGUCAAGGUGUGAGGGGCUGGGCUGGGCCCAUCGUCCUGGGCCUGGGGCUCAGGACCUUGACUGGAUUAGCCACCCCUCAUGGUCCCCUGGAGAGAGAGGUGCUGCCAGAUGAGAAAUGGGAAACCCGAAUUUUGUCUAAGCCGUGCCUCUGCAGGACGGACUUGGGAGGGGAAUACAGAAGGGCCAGGCUUGUCUGGGUUCUAGCACCCUGCCAGACUGGCCCGCCUCCCCCACUGCCACUCUGCACCCAGUGGCCACUCCUUGCAUGUCCUGUCCCUUCUCCCCCCGCCCCCUGGCCACCCCCUUUCUGGCCAGCCUCACAGUGCAGCCUUUGUGCAGAGCUGUCCUCAGCAGCGGGGGCCCGGGCACACAAGGCCAUUGUCUGCUCUCCCAAAGGGGAGGUUGCCCCCCGCCCCUCCACCUCCCAGCCCCUACUGGGCCUGAGCACCCACCCAACCUGCCCACACUCUCCCAGAAACCUGGAGAAAGGUCUGGUGCGACUUCACGGGGGAAGGCACCCAGCUUCCUGUGCACCCCAGGCCACCCCUGAGCCUGAUUAAAAAGGGCUUUUUGAUAAAA